ACAAAAGAAGAAGAAGAAGAAACAAGAACACAAACUUAUCUCUUUUUGUUAUCUCUUGUCUGAAUUAAAAAAUGGAUUCUACUUUGAAUGAUCAUCAAGAAUUGGAACAAUUCGAAGCCAUUGAUGAUCUUCUCGAAGAUUUCUGGUUCUUUGAUAAUUUACUUGAUAGAAGAUCAAGGAUCUUGAGGUACUGUCACUCAGAUCCUUACCCUUUUUCUCCUUCAUCUUCCUCUUCUUCUUCAUCCACUUGUCCCAAACCCGAAAUCCCGAAAAUUGGAGAUUCGGAUUCGGAGAUUAAGCUUCUAGAAGCUUCCACUGGGGGAGACUCUGUUCCACCGCCGUGUAUAGAGAAAAAAAAAGGUGAAGGCGAGCCUGAGAAGAUAAAUAAGAUGAUGAGAAGGCAGUUCUCUGAGAAGAUUAGGGUUCAAGAACGAAGAACUUACUUGCAAAAGAAGGAACCUGUGAGAACUCAGACAUUGCCGAGUUACAUAGGAAGAGAAGGCGAUGUAAAUGAGUUUCAAGAUCAAGAGAUAGAUGAUUCAAGAAUGGGAUUCUUGAUCCGUGAAGCCAUCGCUAGCUCUUCUUCUUCUCCUUCUGGAUUUACUCCAACGAAACAUAACACUCCAAAGAUUUCAAGCAUUCCAAGGCAUAGACCUCCGAAAAACUCGAGAUCGGAAGACGCUAUUCAAGAAUUAGUCGUCAAAUCACAAAGAAGCCCACAUCGCAAAACGCUGCGUAAAACGUUAAGCAGCAUCGAGACGAAAGAUAUUCAAAUGUUAAAGGAUUUGGACAUCGAAUUAGAGAAGAAGCAAGAAGAGGAAGAAAAACAGAGGAGUGUCCCACGCGCUACCGCGAAAACACGGUCUACAGCGGUGGUGGGACAGCCGAUUCCGGUAUGGGUUCCUAAGGAUUCGAGAAAAGACAUGAAAGCUCAAAUAAAGUUCUGGGCUCGAACUGUCGCAAGUAAUGUUCGACAAGAAUGCUGAUAUCAUUCGCUUUCAUUAACAAACAAAUUGCUUCUACUUCUACAUAUAAACAACACUCAUUUCA